AUGGCCCGUCUCCUCAACAAAGUAACCCUCAUAACCGGCUCCUCCUCAGGAAUAGGAAGGGCCAUUGCCCUUCGGUACGCACAGGAAGGCGCACAUAUAGUCUGCACAGAUCUAUCGCCAACCGCGCGAUCCCAGGUUCCAGAUGAAGUCGAGAUAACUACCCACGACGCGAUUAUCAAAGCGGGCGGGCGAGCCAUCUACGUCCAAACAGACGUCAGCGAUGCCCACCAAAUGGAACGAGCGGUGCAAACAGCCGUCACAGAGUUCGGUCGACUAGAUAUUUUAGUCAACAACGCCGGGCUCUCCACAGACACCCGGAAUCCAACCCGCGUUCACGAAACAGACGAACAUGACUGGGACACGAUCCUUCGGGUCAACACGAAGUCGGUCUUCCUUGGCUGCAAUUCUGUGUGGGGGUUGGUAGGAGGGUUGGGUGCUCCGGCUUAUUGUGCGUCCAAAGGAGCUAUCGUCAACUUUACUCGACAGCUGGCGCUGGAUUAUGCCCCUGAUCGGAUUCAUGUGAAUGCUAUUUGUCCUGGGGUUAUUUACACAGCUAUGGUACGCGAUGUUGAGGAGGGCUCGCCCUCUACAAUGGAGGCGCUACGUCGGAUGCAGCCCUUUAGAGGGCUUGGACAACCAGACGAUGUUGCCCGAAUGGCGGUGGUGUUGGCUAGUGACGAUGCCAGCUUAGUGACGGGGGUUUCCUUGCCAGUUGAUGGGGGAUUCACAGCCCACUAG